GGAGCGCCGCGUCUCCACUGAAGGCGCACUCGGGGCGCAGGAAGGAACUUUUACGCAGCGCCGCUUUGGAGAUGAUCUGAGGAGUUUCUCAGCCCGGAAGAAGAACCGACUUUAACCGAGAGGUGACAUGGAGAGUCCGGCAUCUGUAGAUGCGCAUCACUGGAUGCUGUGCGUCGGGUGCCAGCGCAGGAUCAGGGACAGGUUCCUGCUCCGGGUGGCGGACGGCCUGUGGCACGAGCGCUGUGUGCGGUGCGCCGCGUGCGGGGACGCGCUCAGUAACUCCUGCUUUCUGCGGGAGCGCAAACUUUACUGCAAGAGAGACUAUGUCAGCCUGUUCGCGGUCCCCUGUGGAGGCUGUGCGGAGGCCAUCGCUCCCUCGGAGCUGGUGAUGAAGGCGGGAGCGGCUGUGUUCCACCUGAGCUGCUUCACCUGCAGCGUCUGCUCCCACCACCUGAAGACCGGAGACCGCUGCGUCCUGAAAGAGGGGCGGCUGCUGUGCGCUCGAGAGGACUACCAUCAGCGUCUGGCCAGCUCGCCGUCCUCCGACACCGGUAAAAGUGGCGAUGAUGAAGACGAGGAACCGUCUGCGAAGGUCACAGACAAGCCGGGCCGAGCAGAUAAUCAGGAGAACAAGCGUCCAAAAAGACCUCGCACCAUCCUGACCACUCAGCAAAGACGCACCUUCAAAGCGUCCUUCGAGGUCUCAUCCAAGCCCUGCCGAAAGGUAAGAGAGACCUUGGCAGCAGAGACCGGUCUGAGUGUGCGGGUCGUGCAGGUCUGGUUCCAGAACCAAAGAGCCAAGAUGAAGAAACUGGCCAGGAGGCAGCAGCAGCAGCCGGAUCAGCUGCAGACGACUCCAGAACGUUGUGAACAUUCAUCUCAUCGCACAGCGCCCCCCUGUGGCAGUCUGACCUCUGAGAUCAAGCGAGUGGAAUGCUCCUUCACCCCCUCUCAGCAGCAGCAGAUGGUCCUCACCACGCUGGAACAGCAGGACUGGGACGUGGACCCCUUCAGGCAGGGCCUGACCCCCCCUCAGAUGCCAGGAGACCACAUGCACCCUUACGGGCUUAAGCUCCUGUAUGGAUCCGUGGACGGAGAGCCUCUGUGCUGUGUGUCUGACAGCGAAGGCCUCUCUCUGGGCGACUCCUCUCCACUCACUCCCAUUGACCGGCUCUACUCCAUGCAGGAUUCCUACUUCACCUCUUGAGGGGGUGGGGGUGUAAUGGAAGCGUGGCGGGCAGCAGAAAGAGCUCUCAUCUCCAAAGUGCUUCAGUACUUCAGCGAAUGGAUGUCAAAAGGGACAGGAUGAUGCUGCGAUGCAACAACACAUGAUGGAAACUUCCCUUUACUGCUUAGGAUGCUGGGAAUUUGUCGUCUGUCUCUGUGCGUGUCUGUCGAUUCCUUAGACUCUGCUGGAAAGUUGUCGUGUUCUCUUGUAAAAAGCUGUUUGUAUUUGUAUUUAUUCUCAUAAUAUGUCUGAUGAUUUUAAUGACUCAAUAAAAUAAAAACAGUAAA